AUGGGCUUUCUCGGGGCGUCAUUAAGCCUGCUUUUGGCCACUGGCGCAGUCGGCAACCCAAUCCUACGGCCACGCCAGAUACCAUGGCCAGAACCAGUCCCAGCAUCUGCGGUCGGUCCGCUUGACUGGUCCACGAUACAACCUUCGGCCUUCAGUCGACGGCAAUCCGUCAACAGACUCGCUUCCGUCAAAGCCGCCGCGGAAUCCGCCCCUCCCCUGGCCGUCGACUGGCGAAACCGCAAUGGGCUCAACUACAUUACGACGGCGCAAGACCAAGGCGUCUGCAAUAGCUGCUGGGCCUUCGCGGCCGCGGCCCUGAUCGAGUCGAUGGUGCGCAUCGAGCACGGGGUAUGGAGUAAGCGCAGCGAGGCCGAUGUGCACGAUGGGACGGGGGCGGCAUGCGAGAGUGUCGGCAACGCCGAGGAAACCCUUGCGUGGGUGGCCGGGCAGGGCACCGAGUUCCUAAACGACACGGAAAAAGCGCGACCCGGCAUUGCCGACUGGCCGUGCGACCCGUACGAGGCGACGCUGCAUGGCUACGAGCAUUGUGCGGACCGGGAAGGGAGGACCACACAUAUCCCGUAUUACCAGGCCUUGGGAAUGAUCGAGGACCAGAAGAGGUGGCUGGAUGAGUACGGGCCGCUGAUUGUUACGUUUGUCCUAUACAAGGACUUUGGGUCAUGGAACCCGACGACCGAGGGGAGCGUGUAUAAGUGGGACGAGGUCUCGGCGUCAACGGGGAAUCACCUCACGAUCGUCGUGGGGUAUGACGAUGAGAAGCAGGCAUGGAUCAUGAAGAAUUCGUGGGGACCCAGCUGGGGAGAGAACGGCUUUGUUUACUUUGCCUACAACCAAGCCAAUAUUGACAGCUGGACCAAAUACGGCGUUGCCAACGUCAACCCGGAUCCCUGGACUCGCAAGCGGCACCAAAGCGGCAGUAUGAUGCAGUCGGGCAACGGCCCAACGCACCGCAACUUUGAGCUACUCCUCAGCGAGCCGGGUGGCUCUGGUUUUGCUCACGUUUCUCGCGACUCCAACACUACGCAAUGGAGCAAGGUCUUUGACAUCGAGGGGAGCAGCCUCAGCGGCCAACCAGCGAUUGUGGGGACAUCCUUCAACCGGGACUUCCACGCCGUUGGGGUUGACGAGGGUCACACGGUGCGGCAAUGGGAAUACAGCCAGUCCGCAAAGGAAUGGUCGCAGGUUUCCGCCAUUGAGGGAGAGAGCAUUGACGGUUUCCCUGGUCUGGCCCAGAGUGAUGGCACCCAGUUGGUCAUGGUGGUUAAGCAUGCCGACGGAACGCUGAACGAAUGGCAACAACCCCCAAACAGCACGACAUGGACCCUCUCCAACUCCCCCAUCGCGAGCGACAUCGCCCAAAGCGGCCCCUCCCUCGUCCAAUCCAACGUUGCCCUCAACAUCUACGACCCGCAGAGUGUCUCGCGGGGCAACCUGUACACUGUCGCCGUUCGUGUCGAUGGCAAACUGCAAUUGUUCUGGCGCGGCGGUGAGGAUACUGCGAAAUGGUCAGCCGGUGAAGUGUUUGGCUCGGGAAUCCCGCCGGACACGCCGCCGGUUAUGAUCCAGGACUACCUCAACACGGUCAACGAAACGAGCAUUGGUGGCUUCCAGCUUGCCGUUGCUGUCGACGGCAGCGUGCAGUACUGGGAAAGGUUGAAUGACGAUAUCGACCGGGAGGUGCCGGUGGAGGGCGAGCAGGGGAAAUGGAAGUUGACCGAGACGGUUGGGACCGGGGUGAAGCAUGUUUGGGCGUUGGUUCAGGGGAGCUUUGACCAGAAGAUCCAUAUGGUAACCGAGGGAGAAGAUGGGGAGGUUUCUUACUGGGAGCGGGACGGGAAGUGGGCUGAGGUCGAGAAGCUGGCCGCCUUGAGUGACGCAGCUUGGCCUAGGUCUGAACCGGUGAGCGGUGGCUGA